GCGUGUCUUGGAGAAGACGGCGGAGGUCUCGCCCACACCUCUGCAGGCUCCAGAAGUGCACAAGUUGCGGCAGAUCCAGGUGGUGGAGGCGGAAGCCAUUUUGCAAGAGCCAGCACGUGCAGCCACGGACACACAGAGCACGCAGGCCAGUCAAACCAGGAAGGGCAAACGGCGGCAGACAGCAUCCAGGGCAAUUGUGCACUUGUCCCACUGCUCUGUCUGUGGAUCCAGCGAUCACCGGGCACCAACCUGUCCUCAGAGGACUGCCCCGAGUGACGCGGACCAGCGCAAAGCCAAGGGUGCCGCCUUGGAGAAAACCCGCCGCAAGGUGCGUCUGGUGUCCCGCCUGAAGUACACUCCACUGCAUCAGCGCACCGUGGACUACAGCAACAAGUCCAGGCAGCGGAGUCGGGCCACCUUAUCCAGGGACUUCCUUACGUUUGCCCGGAUGCGUCCCAUGGAGCUGGCGCUGGCCCUCAUGGAGGGCCGAUUCGGCGGCGAGUCGAUCCUGGGGCCGCUUCGUCAAGGGCAGAAGGAGGAGGUUAACAUCACGCGGAAAGCCCUUCACUACCGCUGCCAGUCCUGCCGCGAGCGAGUCACAGUCGGCGCCGGGAACCCACUUUUUGAUUGCAGUGGAGCAGGGCAACACUCCUUGUCCCUGACCAUCCUGGCCUUCUGGAACUGUGUGGAAGGGAUUUCAAUUACCCACACAGUUAAACAGCUCGCUGUGGACGAGAAGGUUGUGUCCAGGUGGUAUCGCACGGCAAGGCAAAUUAUGGUCUGGGACAUCCUUCGCUUGCAGGAUGCCAUGGUCUUCGGCAAGGGCAAGGAGACCAUAGAUGUCGAGGCCGACGAGUCCCAGUUUCAGAACUGGGGUGUUAUCAACGACAGCUCCGGGGCCAGGACGUAUUACUGGUAUGUCUGGUUGGGUGUCAUUCAGCGCGGCAAUCCCUCGAAUUUCUAUUUGGAGAGCCUGGGCGUGACGGUGUCGCAUGGUGAGCCGCGUGUACCUCCACUCACUGCAAGCGCCUGGCGACAAAACUGUGACAAGUUUUUUGAUGUGGAUGCCAAUGUUGUGCUCAUGACCGACUCCGCGCAGGCAUACGCCUCGGUCAAUGUUCCUGGCAUUGUGGAGAAGCACACGGUGAACCACAGCGAGCACGAAUUCUCUCGCUCAGUUUCAGUGCUACAAAAUGUUUCCACACAGGAGCGGAGGCCCGGCGUGGCCGGCACGCAGCUUGUUGACAGGGAGUGGGGGCACCUCAAGGACAUGUUGCCAGACGGCCUUUCCGCGCGGACGGAGGAGGACCGAUUUGCCCAGAUGGAACGACAGGCAGGGAGGGUGAUGAUUGGAGUUUCAGGUACUUCGAAAGCCAGGAAGCGGGCCGCUGCGGCAUGCACGCUCUCAACAACUGCCUGGGUCAGCAAGUCUUCGCCAUCGAGGAUUUGGAUCGGCAAAGACGCCAGCGAUCACAUAGGCCCGGACGGCUGGUACAGCCACUCUGUUUUGGCACAGGCAUUGAAUCGUAUGCGCGAAGGGAACUUUGGUCUGGUCUUUCAACCCGUCUCUGCCGCUGCCUAUGAGGGUCUCCUUGUGAACCACGAUAACACGCAUUGGACUUGUGUGGCAAAGCAUGCGGAUGCUUUGUGGCAUGUGGACAGUUUAGAGGGACAGAGAUGCAUUCAGCAACCCGACGUCGCAAGCCUUCUUGAAAGAUUCCCAUCGACUUUUGCCAUCGCUCGCUGCCGCGAAGGGGCCGAGCCGAAUUUUCCAGAGCUGGAAAGAAUUUUGGGUGGCGUUGACGAUGAGGCGGCUGCGGAAUCCUAA